CAAUGACAACUGACAAUUAAUAAAUGUGAGGUUUUGUUUUAUUAUUAAUUUUUGGACGCCGGGUCACGGUAGGAAUUAUAAUUUUUGUUUUACAGUUUUUUUAAAUGGUAAUAAUAUCUAUAUACAUAUACCAAUGUAAAACAUUCUUUUAAGCUUUGAACAGAAAAUAUGAAUUUGGAACUUUUAGAAUCUUUUGGACAGAAUUAUCCAGAAGAAUUUGAUGGUACAUUGGAUUCUCUCUCAAUAGCUGUAACUUGCCAGUUUAACAAAAGAGGAACCCUUCUAGCUGUUGGUUGUAAUGAUGGAAGAAUUGUGAUCUGGGACUUCUUAACACGAGGAAUUGCAAAAGUUAUUGCAGCACAUGUACAUCCAGUUUGCAGUAUAAGUUGGUCGAGGAAUGGUCAUAAAGUUGCUUCUGCUUCCACUGACAAUAAUGUCUGUAUAUGGAAUAUACUUUCUGGAGAAUGUGAACAAAAAUAUAAAUUUCCCUGUCCUGUUCUAAAAGUUCAGUUUCAACCAAGAAAUGAGGAGAGAUUACUUAUUUGUCCCAUGAAACAUCCAGCAGUGAUUGUGGACAUUAAUGGAGUGCAUAAGGUACUACCAAUUGAUGAAGAUGGCGACUUGAACAUAGUUGGCUCAUUUGAUAGAAGAGGGCAGUAUAUCUAUACCGGUAAUGCAAAAGGGAAAGUAUUGGUGUUGAAUUCUAAUACACUAGAAAUAAAAGCUAGUUUUAGAAUAAUGCAAGGAUCUUCUAGCACAACUGCUGUGAGGAGUAUUGAAUUUGCACGAAGAGGGGAUUGUUUUCUGGUAAAUGCUGCAGAUAGGGUUAUAAGAGUAUAUGAUAGCAAAGAAGUGUUGACAUAUGGAAAAGAAAUAGAACCCAUUCAAAAAUUGCAGGACUUGGUAAACAAAACCAUGUGGAAAAAAUGUUGUUUCUCUGGAGACGGUGAAUAUAUUUGUGCUGGUUCGAAUAGACAGCACGCCCUUUAUGUUUGGGAAAAAUCCAUUGGUAAUUUGGUAAAGAUCCUUCACGGUACAAAAGGAGAAUUGCUUUUAGAUGUAGCUUGGCACCCAGUAAGGCCUAUUAUCACUAGUAUUUCUUCAGGUGUUGUAAGUGUUUGGGCUCAAAAUCAAGUUGAAAAUUGGUCAGCAUUCGCUCCAGAUUUCAAAGAAUUAGACGAAAAUGUUGAAUAUGAAGAACGAGAAGGUGAAUUUGACAUAGAAGAUGAGGAUAAAUCAGUGGCAAGUGGCGGUGAUGACAAGGAAGAUACGGAUUUAGAGGUAGAUGUAUCGACAGUAGAUCCUGUAGCAGCUUUUUGUAGUUCUGACGAAGAAUAUGAAAAUUUAGAUUGCUUACAAUUUUUACCAAUAGCUCCAGAGAUUGAAGAUCCUGAAGAUAAUUGGACGCCUACAGAUAUUAAUAUAUUGCCAUCCAAUACAGGCAAUGGUGCACCCCCUGCCAAAAAAACAAAGUACAAAACAUAUGAUAUAUUACUUGAAAAUAUCUCUGAUGGAGAAGUGCACCCCUUAAUAAGCAAUAAAUCUAAGGAUAAACAAAUGGUUGGCAUUAAGAAAGGACCAGGACGAAUGAAAAAAAUUGCAAACUUUUAAUAAAAUAGUGGAACAGUGUCUAAUAAACUAUUCAAUUUUUCUCAACAAUAUAUUUUGUUAGGUAAUUUCACAAACGUUCUGUAAAAAAAUGUAACAAAUUUUUUGCACUCUACAGUCAAAGCAUUUCGGUAUGCAAAACAGCACUUCAAAUAAUAAACUCUGUGCUACGAUGCCAAAACGAUGACUAAUACAAAAUGGACUAACAAAAAGGAACUACAAUUUACAGUCAAAUAUCAGUAACAUUUGAUACAUAUACAGGGUGUCUCAUUUGAAAAGAUGAUUUUAAAUGCAAAAAUUUGUCAAAUUUAUAUAUUUUGUUUAGUUUAUGGUUAACGGAAAUUCUAGUGACGAAGGCGCAGUAAUCCAAAAACACGUAUUUGUAAUAAGAUGGAACUCCAAGAAUAUCCCUCCUAUAUGUAUUAGUGAGGCUUUCAAACUACAAGAGAAUAGAAUCGCCACAUGAUACGAUACACUACAAGCAACUAUUUCCCGGCAAACCCUCUUCAUAAAUUAAAACGGCAUAUUUCUGUGUUGCUAAGAAAAUUUUGUAAAGAGCGAGUCGAUUUUAAAAGUUUUAUGAAUGUACCUAAAUAUGAAAUGUGUUCGUAAAUGUUUGUGAGAGCUACACUUUUGUUCUUAAUAAAUGGCGUUUGAAUAAAUAACGUGUGCACUUAUUAAUCCAUAAAUGUAUACAUUACGAAAUCAUCCCGUUGUUUUCUUUUUGAAAAGCUCAUGUAAAUAAGAAUUAACUCUAUGGUUUUUUCGGAAGCCGUAUAUUAUAAACUGGUCCUACUUCAACAAAUUGGCUUAUUGUACACCUUCCAUUUAUUCAUUGUACCCCUUCUAGUGCAGUCACUGAAGGUUUUCACCUCCGAUUUCGUUGAACCUCCAUCGAUUUUCGUGAAAAUUGGUGAGCAGUUAGAGGAUACCUCAAGAAACAAAGGUGACAUGAUGCCAACUUGCACUUUUACCCUGGAGGUGGGUGCCACCCCUUUUCUGGAGUGAAAAUUAUUUUAUUAAAAAUAAUACCAUAAAUCGAUAGAGGGACAAAUUCUAAGCAAAAUUUGUUAUAUUAAGUUAACAUAAAUCAAUACUUUUUGAGUUAUUAAAGAUCAAAAAUUUUAUGUUUUCAUAAAAAAAUGCAUGUUUUAAAGCUGUUUUUCACGUAUAACUCAAAAACUAUUAGCUUUUACAAAAAAGUUAUUCUUACAAAAAUUGAAGACAAUAAAAAAUUGAAUACACUAUUCACUCAAAGUACUAAACUAAUGUUAAUUCAAAGUGAGUUGUGGGUAAUUGAAUGUAUAUUUUUUUCGAUGAGCACUCAAAUCUAAGUAUUCAAGCUUAAAUAACGGGAAAACGAUGCAUUUUAUAAAAUAUACCUGCUAAACACUUAUCAAAGUACUUCAGAAUACCUAACAAAUGAGCUCCAGAAGAAGUUAAUAGCAUCAAAAUUAAGCAAGUUAUGAUGAAACUAAGAGAACCCUUUCGAAUUUUUAGGCAAAACUGAAAAUAAAACAUACGCCAUUUCCACAAAAAUUAAAAUUUAUAGUAAUCCUUACAAAUAUUUCUUUGUAUGAGCAUAAGUAAUGAUUUUAACAAUUUUCACCGGUUUAUAAUGCAUAUUUUUGAAAAAAAAGAUAUACAUUCAAAAAAUCAGAAUUUUUAAAAUUAUCGUCAUUUUCAUUUUCUUUUGAUAAUAACUAUAAAAAUACUCAAUAUACGUGAAAAAUGGUAAAUAACCAAAUUUUAGUUUUCUCUAUAUCAAAUAUUAUACCCUUUUACCAUUUCUGUAGGGUGAAAAAUAACCGAGAUAAAAACGUUUAAAGCUUAAAUUUUGCUGUGAGAACCAUGUAACCGUGGCCAUUUAAUCUUCGAUUUUAAAAAAGUAAGGGGUUUAAAAGAUUAAAUUCAACGCGUUUUGAUAGACUUUGGAACUACCUUUCAAACCGUUUUUAGGUGAACCAGAUAUCUUAAAAAUAACGAGUUAUUAAAUAAAAUGAUAACAUUUUUUGGAAAAAUUUUUAACAGAUAAAGUUUGAAAAAUUUUUGGUGCAUAAAUUUUACUGCUAUUAACUCGUUCGGUAUCUCAUUUGAUAGAUAUUUCUAAGUACUUUCACUAAUGUUUAAUAAGUUUAUUUUAUAAAAUGUAUCAUUUUCCCGUAAUUUAAGCUAGAAUACUUUUGGGUACUCGUCGAAAAAAAUAUGCAUUCAAUUUCCUAUAACUCACUUUUAGUUAAUAUUAAAAGGUUUUUUAUUAAGGAGUUUAUUUUAUUUCUUAUUAGCUUCAAUUUUGGUAAUAAUAACUUUUUUGUAAAAACUUGAUAGUUUUUGAGUUAUCUAUGAAAAAUCGGUUAAAAACAUGCAUUUUUCUUACGAAAAAUUAAAAUUUUUGAUCUUUAAUAACUCAAAAAGUUUUGAUUUAUUUUAAUAACUUUAUAUAACAAAUUUGGCUUAGAAUUUAAUUAUGUGGUUAUUUUUAAUAAAAUAAUUUUCACCCCGAUAAAGGGGUGGCAUCCACCCCCAGGGGAAAACCGCAAGUUGGCACCAUGUCACCUUUGUUUCUUGAGAUAUCCUCUAACCAGUCACCAAUUUUGGUGAAACGAAAUCGGAGGUAAUAGCUCAUAUCCACCUUCAGUGACUCCACUAUUCCAGAAUUCUGGAACUCUGUAUCAAUGUGUACAGGUGUAGAGUCCUCACAAGAAUGUAAAAUAAUGGUUGACUGUUUCAGGUUCUCUGCCACAGAGGCUGGCGCUUAAGGAUUCACUAACCAGUCUGUAUUGCAUGUAGGUGUACCUUGAACAGCACUUGUCCAGUAUGGAAGUCUGUUAUGAUUCUGAAAUGAUUCCUGCUUGUUUUCCGCAGUGCUUUAGCCCUUUUAGCGUAGUAUGCCCGUCCAAUAUAAAUUUGUGCUGGGCCGUUAUGUUAUUUUCCCAGUGGCAGUUAUGUUCUGUUCAGUGGCGGACAGUGCUUUUCAGUACUCCGAAGGUCAACUCUGGACCAAAGUAUUUUAUCGCUGAUCCUCUUCUAGCAAUUUAGUCAGCUUUUUAGUUGUCGUGUAUUGACAAAUUUCCUGGUACUCAUACUAGUAUGACACUGUUAAGGUACGUAUAGAUAUGCGCGCUGUGUGUGCGGUACGCGUUUGUGUAGGGUUCGUUAGAUUAGUACGCGUUAGGAGGUGUUUUUAAGUGACACACAAACGGUGCGCACACGAUCCAACUUCUGUCGGCGCCAAGAACGCACGGCGCGCAUAUUUAUACAUACUCAUAUUCCGCCAUUAUAUGGAAUUAUUCUCUGCAUUCCCAUACUAGCCGAACUUCUAUGGUUAGUAAUGCUUCUAUUAGUAUGUCUAUAAAAACGUUAGAUUAUUGUAUAAAAGCAUCGACGCAAUAAAUAAUUUAUUCUUCUUCUUCGUGCGAAUAGAAUUACUCCUGUUUGUCUGCCUCUUAUUAUGUUUCAGUUGUUAUUGACUGUACAUUGUCUUUCCACCUUUUCGACGGCCUUCCAACGAGUCUUCUGCUAUAUUGUUGUUUUUACAGAUGUUCGCUAAUCUAUCUGGUUCCAUUCGGUUUACAUGUUCGUUGCAGUUUUUAUUUCUUGUUUUUAUCCACCUGUUAAUAUUUUGAAUUUUGCAUCGUUCUUGUAUACUUCUGUCUCAUAAUGAUAUGCCCGCUAUUGAUCUUAAUACUUUCAUUUCGAUAUUGUUGAUUUGUUGUUUCGUCUUUCUUGUAUCUGUCCUUGUCUCCGCUGCAUAUGUUAGGAUAGGAUAAAGAAUUUAUUUAAAGAUUUUAUUAGGUUAAAAAGUUAAAAGUAAAGGCGAAAACGUG